AUGGCUGAAGAGUCAAGUAUUAUUUUGCAUUUGCACUCUCUCAAGGACAGCAUUAAAAGUGCUUUCAAAGUUUUUGGUGAUAUUGAUAUCCAGUGCCAAGAAGAAGAGAUCAUGCAAAACCAUACCAAGGAGGUUGAAGAGAAUAAACAAAAUCAAGAACCAAAAUACAUCACAUUAACUGAUUAAAAAAGAGUACUCAAUAAUUUUGAUAAUUUAAUUUGUUAAUUAUAAUUAGUUACACCAUUCUAUAGUGAUCAAAAAUAUUUAACCUUUGACUCGAAUGACAAGAACAAAAAGCAAACCCAAUUGAAAAACCAAUAGAUGUGGGAUCAAAUUAAGUAAGAAUAGAAAGAACGAUUUGCAAAGUACCAGGAUGAAACAAUUGUAGAUAAAAUAUUCCAGUUGGAUGCCAAACUCAAGGAAGAUUAUGAAUACAGUCUUCAAUACAUGACUGGUAAUUAAAAAAAAACAAUACAAAUCAAAUAACAUGAUAUUCAAAAAUUAAAUCCACCAAAUUAUUUGAAUGAUGGCAUCAUUAACUUUUACCUUAAGUUUAUAGAAUUCGAAUUGAUAGAUUAAUCAUUACGAGCCAAAACCUACAUCUUCAAUACAUAUUUCGUAGUGAAACUAUGUGCUUUUGAGAAACUACAGAUGAUUGGCUAAAAUGAUCAUGCAAAACUGAUUGAACUAUUUAAAUUGUAGUAUGAAUAGAUAAAAAAAUGGAUUAAGGAAGAUCUAACUGAAAAAGAGUACUUGUUAUUUCCAAUUAAUUUGCCAGAACAUUGGUCCUUGUUGAUAGUACACAAAAAGACCAAAUCCUUUGCUGACUCAUUGAUAAUCUACUUGGAUAGUUUUGGAAUUAUGGAUCAAAAGCUAAUCACAAUCAUCAAGAUGUACCUUCACAAAAUCAAUUGCGAUGUGAAUUCAAUCGAAGUCAAUUACAAUGAUUCUCCUAUCAAGGGUAUCCCAGCCUAUUAAUUAUUGGUGCCUCGUUAAGUUAAUUACGUUGAUUGUGGAGCAUUUCUUUUAGAGUAUGCAGAAUCAUUUCUAUCAAACCCCAAUUAUUUAUUGUCAGAUGUCGAAUCCCAAGAGGGCAUUUACAAAUUAAAAUUGUUUCCAAGAUCAUUGAUCUGUAAUAAGAGGUUGUUGAUGAAGUAACUAUUAAUCGAUCUACUUGAAUUUGAUAAGGAGACUGCCAUUUCUCAGUACUAACAAAAAAGACAAGCAAUUUUGGAAUAAUGCAAAAAUGAGGAAGAUGAAUAUGACCAAAUUGAUUAAGCAGUUUUUAAGGAGUUUAUUAAUUAAAAAAACCAAAUGAACAUCGAGCAUAAACAGUUGUUGUUAGAUUUCUAUAUGAAUCCAUAAUAAAAUUAUUAUGAAUAAUGA